AGUAGAGUUUAGAGUUUAGAGUUUAGAGAGAGAGAGAGAGAGAGCGAGACAGAGCGCGCGAGCGAGGCAGGCAGGGAGACAAGCAACGAGUAGUGUCGCCUUGGCCUACUGAGUUUCUAGAACCUUUUCAUCUCCUCUAUUUCUCUGAUAAAAAUAUGGCAUCGCCAGCUUGGUUAACGCAGGAAAUGCAGCCACCAACUUCUCAAGCACCUGUAUCCGGUUUGCCUAUUGGAGUGCCAUCUAGCAGCGGCCCUUCAACUCCGAUUGCUGCUGCUUCUGCUCCGGGUGCAGGUACACCUGGUUUAAUGCAAGGACCUGCCCAAGCAAGAUAUGCUAAUGCACCACCUGGCUUUGUAAUUCCUGCACCUUCAUUCUCAUACGGCGUGCUUCCAAAUGUUCCCACCCCUUCUGGAAGCUUGCAACAGUCAGCAUCUAGUUCUGCUGUUAAUUCUAAUUCACCUGCGUCUCCAUUGGUGGUUCAACCCCUGGUUCCUGGACCGUCUUCAUCUGCGAGUCCCUCUUUUUCAUACAACAUUUCACAAAGUAGUAUUGCUUACCCUAGUAUCCAGCAGUUCCAAACUAGCACGAAUACAUCAAGUGCUGUCUCGCAAGAAGCUGGUAAUUUGACAUCUGCACCUGCUAUUUCUCAGUCUUUUUCAUUACCCGCUGAUAGUUCUUCAAGUUCAACAAUUACUGUAUCUUCAACCUUGAGCCAAGCAACUUCAUGGAUGCCCUCUGCACCAUCUUUUUCCAUCCCUCCUGGAAUGCCUGGAACUCCCGGGACACCUGGACCCCCUGGAAUAGCAAUGUCUGCUCCAAUAUCCUCUAGUACUCUUCAAGCUUCUGCUAUGGAUUCUUCCUCUUCAGCAGUCCCAAGACCCCUUAUGCCAACAGCCCCUGUUGUAUCAAAUUCAGCUGUUCAGCCUCAAAUUUGCACUCCUUAUGCACCUUUUCCUGCUAUGGCCCCUCCUCAGGGACUCUGGUUGCAGCCCCCUCAAAUGGGUGGGAUACCUAGGCUACCGUUCCUGCCAUACCCUGCUGCUUUUCCUGGACCUUUUCCUCUGCCGGCACAUGGUAUGCCUCUCCCUUCUGUUCCGUUACCUGAUUCUCAACCUCCUGGUGUUACUCCUGUGGGAACUGCUACAGCAACAGCUGCAUCUUCUGCCCCUGAUCAUUUGAUGUCAGGAACUUUGGGAAUGCAGACAGAAUUACCUCCUCCGGGUAUUGAUAUUAGGAAACAUGUAGAGGAAGUUCAAAUUCCGGAUGGAGCUGCUGUCGAUGAACAAUUAGACGCCUGGACUGCCCACAAGACUGAGACAGGGGCUGUCUACUAUUAUAAUGCUCUGACGGGACAGUCUACUUAUGAUAAACCUCUGGGCUUUAUGGGGGAGCUUGGUAAAGUUCAUGUGCAACCAACUCCAGCUUCAACGGUAAAUAUAUUUGGUACUGAUUGGGUAAUGGUCACAACAAGUGAUGGAAAAAAAUAUUACCACAACAACAAAACUAAGAUAAGCAGCUGGCAGAUCCCAAAUGAAGUUACAGAAUUGAAAAAGAAGCAGGACAGAGACACAUUAAAAGAACAUUCAAUAUUGUCAACACAAACUAAUUUAUCAACUGAAAAAGAAUCUGCUCCAAUUAGUUUGAAUGCUCCUGCCAUUAACACAGGUGGUCGUGAUGCUUUGGCUCUUAAAGCCUCAGUUGUGCCAGGAUCAUCAUCUGCACUGGAUUUGAUUAAAAAAAAGUUGCAGGACUCUGGAACUCCUGUCACCUCCUCUCCUGGUCCCACACCAUCAGGAACUGCAGCAUCAGAGUUAAAUGGCUCAAGAGCAGUUGAUACCAUGGCUAAAGGUUUGCAAAGUGAAAACAGCAGAGAAAAGGUAAAAGAUGCUAAUGGGGAUGGUAAUAUGACUGAAUCGUCCUCAGAUUCAGAGGAUGCAGAUAGUGGACCAACAAAGGAGGAGUGUGUUAUCCAGUUCAAGGAGAUGCUUAAGGAACGAGGAGUGGCACCAUUCUCGAAAUGGGAGAAGGAACUGCCAAAAAUUGUGUUUGAUCCACGUUUCAAGGCAAUUCCAAGUUAUUCUGCCAGGAGGUCAUUGUUUGAACACUAUGUGAAAACACGUGCUGAGGAGGAACGCAAGGAAAAACGAGCAGCUCAGAAGGCUGCAAUAGAAGGGUUUAAACAAUUACUGGAUGAAGUAUCAGAGGAUAUUGAUCACAGUACUGAUUAUCAAACUUUCAGAAAGAAAUGGGGCAAUGAUCCACGGUUUGAGGCCUUGGACCGCAAGGAUCGAGAGCAUCUUUUGAAUGAGAGGGUCCUUCCUUUAAAGAGGGCUGCUGAAGCAAAAGCUCAAGCACUGCGUGCAGCUUCUACCUCCAGUUUCAAGUCCAUGCUUAGAGAAAAAGGAGAUAUAACUCUUCAUUCCCGUUGGUCCAAGGUGAAAGAUAGUCUAAGGAAUGACCCAAGAUACAAAUCUGUUAAGCAUGAGGAUAGGGAGUUUUUAUUUAAUGAGUAUAUAUCUGAACUAAGGGCUGCAGAAGAGGAAUCAGAACGAGAAGCAAAAUCCAAAAGGGAGGAGCAGGAAAAAUUGAAGGAAAGGGAGCGAGAAUUUCGGAAAAGAAAGGAAAGAGAAGAACAGGAAAUGGAGAGGGUGCGGCUGAAAGUUCGUAGGAAGGAGGCAGUUUCAUCCUUCCAGGCUUUACUUGUAGAGACAAUUAAAGAUCCACUGGCAUCUUGGACAGAAUCUAAGCCUAAAUUGGAGAAGGAUCCACAAGCACGUGCAACCAACCCUGACUUGGAUGUAUCUGACACAGAAAAGCUCUUCCGGGAACACAUAAAGAUGCUGAAUGAGCGAUGUGCACAAGAGUUCAGAUCUUUGUUAGCUGAAGUCUUGACUGCUGAAGCAUCUGCCCAAGAUACAGAAAAUGGGAAAACAGUCCUCAAUUCAUGGUCAACAGCUAAACGCCUUCUAAAGCCUGAUCCUCGAUACAACAAGAUUCCAAGGAAAGAGAAGGAAGUCUUGUGGCGGCGGUAUGCUGAUGAGAUGCUGCGGAAGCAAAAAUUGGCACUUGAUCAGAAGGAAGAGAAGCAUGUAGAGUUAAAAAGUAGGAGCUCUGUUGAUUCUGGGAGGUUUCUGUCUGGAUCAAGAACCUAUGAGCGAAGAUAGUCGUUUGGGUUAGAAAGUAGGUUUUGAUUUUUUUCCCCCACAACUCCUCUUAGUUUCAUAUUUUUGUACUUUCUGAGGAGGUCAGUCUAAUAUACUUUGUGAAAGCUGUAUUAUAUGAACUAAAACAAACUGAUUUUUAAUCCAUAUUUCUUAAUUGAGUUAGCAUAUUUUUAAUUUUUUA